AUGUAUGCUGAAAAAAUUCUGAGAAAAUUCAGAAUGGUUGGUUGCAAACCAAUGGCUACACCACUUGGAUUAAAUGAAAAAUUAAAGAAGGAAGAUGGAGGAAAAAAGGUGGAUGCUACUCUCUAUAGAAGUUUGGUUGGAAACUUGCUAUAUCUCACUGCUACAAGGCUUGAUGUUAUGUUUGCAGCAAGUUUGCUAUCAAGGUUCACGCAUUCUCCAAGCCAUUUUCAUUUGGCAGUAGCAAAAAGGGUGCUUAGAUACAUUCAAGGCACCACAAGUUAUGGAAUAAGGUAUUGCAAAAAUUCCAUGGUGAAGUUGCUUGGCUUUUAUGAUAGUGAUUUGAGUGGCUAUGUUGAUGAGGGGUGUUUCCUUGGUCCUCAAAGAAGCAAUAAUCAGUUGCUCAAUCUUCAGCAGAAGCUGAAUAUGUUUCAACAACAUUAA